AUGUCGGCACAUGACACUGGAGGGGAUCGGGCACCUGGAGAUGUUCUCUUGGUUCAUCAUAACGAGAAUGAAUCCGACACGUUCGUCCGCUUCCCUAUUCCUUCCAGUGACCCCAACGACCCACUGAACUGGAGUAUCUGGCGCAAGGUUCUGAAUUUUGCGCUCGUAUUAGCGCAGACAGUGGCGGUGUUUACAGCCUUGUCCGUGCAGACCCGUUUCUGGCAGCAGAUGUCUCCCGAGAUGGGCCUGAGCUUCGAACGGCUCAACAAUGCCCAGUCGGCCAACUUUGGCCGGACUGGCCAUGGGCUGUGUGUUCUUCAUCCCAAUCACGAAGAAGUAUGGACGUCGCUCAACAUAUGUGUUGUCAACUGCGGCUAUGGCCGCUGUGAGUUGGUGAUCGCAGACGUUUUCUUUGUGCACCAACGAGGCACGGCUAAUGCUUUCUACAUCACUGGUGUCAUGGUAGGCAGCUUCUUGACUCCCAUGGCGGCAGGUAUUCAGGCGAAAUACACCGGUUGGCGAAGGUCAUAUCUUGCCCUCUCCAUAUCUCUUACGCUCCUGUUCGUUGUCUUUCUGUUCGCAUACGAAGAGACGAAGUAUGUCCCGGUUUUGCAAGGCGUCUCCGGAGACCGUCCUUCGGAUGCAAGCCACAAGGACUUUGAGGACGAGAAGGACAAGGCCAAGGAAGAUUUAGAUACUGCCCUCCACCAGACAAGGAGCGACGCCAGGAUUCCCGAGUCUAUCCCACCAGCCACCUACCGCCAACGCCUCCGCUGGGUCACAUACUCGUCCGAGUCGCUCUGGAAGAUCGCAUACUUCCCAGCCUACAUCAUCCCGCUCCCCCACGUCCUCUACAGCGCCAUUCAGUACGCCGCGGGCAUCGCCUGGCUCGUGAUCAUGGCCUCCACCAUCCCCAUCGUCUUCACCCAGCCGCCGUACAACUUCAACACGGACGGCAUCGGCCUGAUGAACCUUGGCCCCUUCGUCGGCAACCUGCUCGGCAGCUUCUACUCGGGCCUGCUGAGCGACCGCUCCGUGCGCUGGCUCGCGCGGCGCAACGGGGGGUACUACGAGCCCGAGAUGCGGCUGUACCUGCUACUCCCGCCUGCGCUUUUCAUGGCUGGGGGUAUAAUCAUGUUUGGGACGACUGCAGACCGCGGCAUGCACUGGAUCUUCCCUUCGAUAGGCGGCGGCCUCUUCGCCUUCGGGCUCGGCGCCAUCGGCGACGCUGCCCUGACCCUGGUCAUCGACGCGUACCGACCGCUGACGGCGGAGGCGUUCGUCGGCAUCGCCUUCGUGCGCAACGCCGUCAGCAUUCCGAUCCCCUUUGCCAUCAACCCGUGGCUGCAGCACAGCGGCCUGUCGAACAUGUUCAUCACCGCCGGACUCAUCUCGUUCGCUAUCAGCAUGUUUUUCGUGCCGCUGAUCAUCUGGGGCAAGAAGAUCAGGAAGGCGGUGGCGCCUCGGUAUUAUGAGUUGUUGGAGAAGCAGGGUGGUUUGAUGGCCGCGCAAGGGUAG